AUGCCGCUCGACGCCAAAGUAGCCUCCGUGCUCGACAAACACCGCCCGUCCACCACCGACUCCGACGAUGAAGACGCCCUAAUCUCCGCCCUCGAAGACGAAAAUGAUUCCUCCCUCUCCGCCUUCCGCGAGCAACGCCUCCAACAAUUGCACGCCGAGGUCGCCCGCGCAAAGGAGAUGCGCAACGUGGGCCACGGCAGCUACACCGAAGUCAUGGACGAGAAGGCGCUGAUGGAGAUGACGACGGCCAAGGAGAACAGGUUGUGUGUGGUGCACUUCUUCCAUCGGGAUUUCGGGAGGUGUGGGGUUAUGGAUGGGCAUUUGGAGACCCUCGCCCCCACACACCUCGACACCCGUUUCCUGCGCAUCAACGUCGAAGCCGCGCCCUUCCUCGUCACGAAACUGAACAUCAAGGUCCUGCCCUGCGUUCUAGCCUUCGUGGACGGCAUCAGUGUGGACCGGAUCGUCGGCUUCGAGGGACUGGGCCGCACGCCCGAUACUUUCACCACGCGCGAUCUCGAGGCCAGGCUGCUGCGGGCGGGCGUGUUGGUCAGGGCGAAGAUCACCGGUGAGGGCGCGGGUGGCCGUACGGGAACGAUAGGGAAGGGGCGGAGUAAGAAAGCGGAGAGCGAUGAAGACGAGGGUGACGACUGGGAUUGA